CAUCAGCCAUUUCUUAAUGCAAGACAUUGCCUUCCUGUCUGGGGGCCGGGGAAAGGACAAUGCUUGGAUCAUUACGUUUCCGGAAAAUUGUAAUUUCAGAUGCAUACCAGAAGAGGUGAUAGCAAAAGUGCUGACUUACUUGACGUCUGUUGCAAGGCAAAAUGGAUCUGACUCUCGAUUUACCAUUAUUCUUGAUCGAAGACUGGAUACCUGGUCUUCUCUCAAAAUCUCUCUCCAAAAAAUCUCAGCUUCCUUCCCUGGGAACUUGCACUUGGUUUUGGUCCUUCGUCCUACCAGUUUUCUCCAACGAACUUUCACAGACAUUGGAUUUCGAUUUAGUCAGGAAGAUUUCAUACUCAAAUUACCAGUUGUUAUGCUGAGCUCAGUUAGUGAUUUGCUGACAUACAUUGAUGACGAGCAGUUAACCCCUGAGUUAGGCGGCACCUUGCAGUACUGCCACAGUGAAUGGAUCAUCUUCAGAAAUGCUAUAGAAAAUUUUGCCCUCACAGUGAAAGACAUGGCUCAGAUGUUACAGUCCUUUGGAACUGAACUGGCUGAGACAGAACUACCAGAUGAUAUUCCCGCAAUAGAAGAAAUCCUUGCAAUUCGUGCUGAAAGGUACCACCUGUUAAAGAAGGAUAUUACAGCUGUAACCAAAGAAGGAAAAAUCCUGCUAACAAAUCUGGAAGUGUCUGAUGCCGAGGACGCUGUGAGUUCAAGACUUGAACAUCAUCAGCAAAUUUGUGGUGACUGGCAAACUAUUAAUAAAUUGCUGACUCAAGUACAUGAUAUGGAAAUAGCUUUUGAUGGAUUUUGGGAAAAACACCAGCUAAAAAUGGAGCAAUAUCUGCAGCUCUGGAAGUUUGAACAGGAUUUUCAAGAGCUCGUGAGUGAAGCUGAACUUCUUUUAAACCAACAAGCAGAGUUGGCAGAUGUAACAGGGAAUAUAGCUCAAGUAAAACAAAAAAUUAAAAAGUUGGAAAACUUAGAUGAAAAUUCUCAGGACCUGUUAGCAAAGGCCCAGUUCGUGAUACUACAUGGACACAGGCUCGCAGCAAAUCACCAUUACGCCCUGGAUUUGAUCUGCCAGAGGUGCAAUGAGCUACGUUACCUUUCUGAUAUUUUGGUGAAUGAGAUCAAAACCAAACGGAUACAGCUCAGCAGGACCUUUAAAAUGCAUAAAAUCCUCCAGCAGGCUCGCCAGUGCUGUGAUGAAGGAGAGUGCCUUCUGGCUAAUCAAGAAAUAAAUAAGUUUCAUUCUAAAAAAGAUGCUCAGAAAGCCCUCCAAGACAUCGAAAAUUUUCUUGAAAUGGCUCUACCCUUUAUAAAUUAUGAUCCUGAAACCCUGCAGUAUGAAUUUGAUGUGAUUUUAUCCCCUGAACUCAAGGCUCAAAUGCAGACCAUACAACUCAAGCUUGAAAACAUCCGAAGUAUAUUUGAGAACCAACAAGCCGGUUUCAGAAACCUGACUGAUAAGCAUGUGAGGCCAAUUCCAUUUGUAGUACCUGCUUCUGACAGUUUGAUCAGAUCUAGAGAACCAUUUUUUUCACCUAAACAAGUGGGAGUUGGAUACUCUUUCUUUCAAGCAUGUAAACUUUUUUCAAAAGGGAGGAAGACUUGGAGACAAAAUCAGAGCAACAUAAAAAUUGAAGCGGUGCAUGAUUGUCAGGAGAAGAGUAGUUCUGCUCAGUCCUCCAGUUUGGACAAUGGCAAUAGCCUGGAUGUUUUAAAGAACCACGUCCUAAAUGAGCUGGUACAGACAGAGAGGGUGUAUGUUCGGGAACUAUUUGCUGUUUUGUUGGGCUAUAGAGAGGAGAUGGAUAAUCCAGAGAUGUUUGACCUUAUACCACCUCUCCUGAGAAAUAAAAAGGAUGUUCUCUUUGGAAAUAUGGCAGAAAUAUAUGAAUUCCAUAACAACGUUUUCAUGAGCAGUCUGGAAAAUUGCGUUGUUGCUCCAGAAAGAGUGGGACCUUGUUUCCUGGAAAGGAAAGAUGAUUUUCAAAUGUAUGCAAAAUACUGUCAGAAUAAGCCCAGGUCAGAGGCAAUUUGGAGGAAGUAUUCAGAAUGCGCCUUUUUCCAGGAAUGUCAAAGAAAAUUAAAACACAGACUUGGUCUAGAUUCCUAUUUACUGAAACCAGUGCAACGGAUUACUAAAUAUCAGUUACUGUUGAAGGAGCUAUUAAAAUAUAGCAAAGACUGCGAAGGAUCUGUACAAUUAAAGGAGGCACUUGACAUGAUACUGGAUUUACUGAAGUCAGUUAAUGACUCAAUGCAUCAGAUUGCAAUAAAUGGCUAUAUCGGAAACUUAAAUGAGCUGGGCAAGAUGAUAACGCAGGGUGCAUUCAGCGUUUGGAUUGGACACAAGAAAGGUGCUACAAAGAUGAAGGAUUUUGCUAGAUUCAAGCCAAUGCAGCGGCACCUUUUCUUGUAUGAAAAAGCCAUUGUUUUUUGUAAAAGGCGUGUUGAAAGCAGAGAAGGCUCUGAUCGAUACCCGUCAUACAGUUUUAAGCACUGUCUGAAAAUGGAUGAAGUUGGAAUCACUGAAUAUGUAAAAGGAGAUAACCGCAAGUUUGAAAUCUGGUAUGCUGGGAAGGAAGAAGUUUAUAUUGUCCAGGCUUCAAAUGUAGAUGUGAAGAUGACGUGGUUAAAAGAAAUCAGAAGUAUUUUGUUGAAGCAACAGGAACUUAUGACAGUUAAAAAACAAGAACAACAUAAUCAGUUAACGGAACAGAAUCUUUCUUCUCAGCGGAAUGAAAGGCAACAGGGAGCUUUUAUAGGCGCUGAGGAAACUGACUUGGAGCACACCAGCGCUAUGGUGGAAGUCGGUGAGGCCAUCGCGUCAGUUCGGGCAGAAGCAAAUACAGUUUGGACUGAGAUGUCAUCACCUGCAGAAAUCUCUGGUGAGCCUGAGGAAUGGUCCAGUAACUAUUUCUACUCUUCUUAUGAUGACAAUGAAGAAGAAAGGCCUCUAAUGAGGCCCGUGUCGGAGAUGGCUGUCCUAUUUUAAUGAAGCUACUCUGUUAAAUGGCAAGUAGCUCUUUCCUGCCUGCUCCUCGGCCCAUUUGAUAAAAAUACUGCUCAAAAGACGUUCAGCCCGAGUGAUGCGGAUAAUGUUUUCAGGUUAAUUCCUUUGGACGUGCAAAGA